GCUUUGAUCUUCUGACAACACCGCUUUCGUUCGCUUGGACCGGAAAAUGCUUCGUGUCAAGUUACCAAACGUUUUGACCAAUGGUGAACCAACCAGAAGAGGCCAAUAUAGGCAAUAUUUGUCUGCAGCCCUAGACAAGGCAUAUAAUGCUGUUUUAGAUGGAAUGUCAAUUAGGAAAGCUGCCACUACCUUUGCUGUUCCAUUUGCUACACUGCAUGACAGGAUUAGUGGGAAGGUUUCUAUUGAAUGUAGUACCACUGGUAGAGAACCACUAUUGUCCAUGGAAGAAGAACAGGGACUUGUUUCACAUAUUGAAGCCAUGGCAAAUUUUGGGUAUGGCUAUACAAGGGCUGAAGUUACUACUAUUGCCACAGACCUAGCAAUAUAUGUUGGAAAGAAGUCAAACGAUGAACAACCCCUAUCACUUCAGUGGUUCUAUGGGUUUAUGAAGCGAUGGCCUGAUCUAUCAGUGAAGAAGCCACGAUCCCUUGAGAUACAGAGAGCAAAAGCUACCUCAGAGGAGACGAUCACUCAUUAUUUUAAUGAGCUUUGGCACAUCAUGGAUAAGUACAACCUGAAGACAUGCCCUCAUCGCAUUUAUAAUGUUGAUGAAAAGGGACUUGUGGAGCAUCAUGCCCCACCAUCAGUUCUUACAUCGAGUCAGAGUACUCCAGCUGCAGUCACAACAUCAAGAUCAAGUACUACAACUGUUAUAGGUUGCGGCAAUGCAUCUGGUAGUUCUAUACCACCAUAUUUUGUAUUCAAGGGCAAGAGGAUGCGGGAAGAACUCCUUUCAGGAAGUACCCCUGGAGCAGCAGGCACUGUAAGCGACUGUAACACGGGGAUUUUUCAGCACUAUCUGACACAGCAUUUCCUGAAGCAUGCUGUCGCCGCGUCUGCAGAUAGUCCACUUCUUAUUGUGUACGAUGGUCAUAGAUCCCACGUAUCUAUUCCACUCAUUGAAUGGGCACGUCAGCAUCACAUUAUUUUGUUUGUACUGCCUGCACACACGUCCCAUGUUUUACAGCCAAUGGAUGUUGGUUGCUUUGGACCUUUUGCUAAAAUUUACAACAACCUCCGUCAUACGUAUAUGCGUAAUGCUACAAGUUCAGUAUAG